AUGGGGAAUAAAAGGAAUGUGACUGAAUUCAUGUUGAUAGGACUUGCACAGAACCCACAAGUGCAGAAAGUUGUGUUUGUAACAUUUUUGGUUUUGUACAUAAUAACACUUUCAGGCAACCUGCUCAUUGUGGUCACCAUUAUCAGUAGCCAGGCUCUGAAUUCCCCCAUGUACUUUUUCCUGAGUCACCUUUCUUUGAUAGAUAUGAUCUAUACUUCUUCCUCUGUUCCCAAGCUGAUUGUAGACUCCCUUCAAGAAAAGAAGGUCAUCUCCUUUAAUGGAUGUAUGGCUCAAGUCUAUGCAGAACACAUUUUUGGUGCUACCGAGAUCAUCCUAUUGACGGUGAUGGCUUAUGACCGCUAUGUGGCCAUCUGCAAACCUCUGCACUAUACAACCAUCAUGAGCCACAACCUAUGCAUUCUCCUGGUGGGAGUGGCCUGGAGUGGGGGAUUUCUCCAUGCAACUAUUCAAAUUCUCUUUACAGUCUGGCUGCCCUUCUGUGGUCCUAACAUCAUAGACCAUUUUAUGUGUGACUUGUACCCUUUGUUGAAACUUGUCUGCAUGGACACCCAUACACUUGGUCUCUUUGUUGCUGCCAACAGUGGAUUCAUCUGCCUAUUUAACUUCCUCCUCUUGAUGGGAUCCUAUGUGAUUAUCUUGCGCUCCCUGAGGAACUAUAGCUUGGAGGGGAGGCGCAAAGCCCUCUCCACCUGUGUGUCUCACAUCACAGUAGUUGUCUUAUUCUUUGUACCUUGCAUAUUUGUGUAUCUACGCCCUGUGACCACGUUGCCAAUUGAUAAAGCUGUUGCUGUCUUUUAUACCAUGGUGGCUCCUAUGUUAAAUCCUUUAAUCUACACCCUUAGGAACACUGAGGUAAAAAAUGCAAUAAGGAAGCUCUGGGGAAAAAAAGUGACUGCAGAUAAUAAUUGA